CCGAUACCGGCAUAAGGCAACCUUCCUUGUCUUCCGUGAAAUGUAGAAGGAUAUAUUCCAUGUCUAGUACUUUCUAAAGCAACAAUGGGAUCUGGAAACGAUGUUUCUCUUAACUGGGAGGAUACCGUGGUCAUUAUGGCUCGUAACCAUCUUGUCAGUCUGUCUUAUCAAGGAUUCCAUAGCUUACCAGGACUUAUUAACUGGGUUCAAUAUAGAAUAUCUACGAACUAGUAACUAUGUACAAUGUAGUAAAUGGACAAUUGAAAAAAUGAGGUAUGACGUACUGGGAAAUAAGGGAGCGGGUACACUUUUACAGGAAAAGAUGAAGUGGAACAUCAAAGCCGCAGCGAGGAAUUAUAUAUUGCCAGAGGUACCCAUAAAAGUUAUAUACGUAUUCCAGAUGCAAUGUAAACUUACAACAGGAUGCCUAGAUAUGAUCUAUGUUCUACCAUACCAUGAAGCAAUGCAAAUGACAUCAAUCAGUGCAACCAAUACAGAAACUGGAAAUAAACUAGAAGUGACUAAUAUCAACCCAAUAAAAAUGAAUUAUAACUGUAUCGAGCCACUGGAUCUAAAGAAUGAAGUUAUAAGACCAAGGAAUAUACCAGAUUGUACCAUGUGUUACCCUGAAUUAUAUAGGAUCACAAUGGAUAAAGCUGUGAACAACGAUCAGGUCAUACAUAUAAGAAUAGAAUAUUACCUCAACAGACCAUAUGAACCGUUACAAAAGAAACUUGCACGAGGAUUACAACAAAAAGUUGUAUUGCCACUACAUACACUUAUAACAGUACCAUACCAUAUACAAGUACAAAGAACUAGAUUCACAUUUGAAAAUGAUAUGGAAUUUGAUAUACACUCGCUACAUACAUAUGCUAAUAUACAAAAAAUAAAGCAUAAUGUCCUUGUUACAAAGCAUUUCGAAAAGGUGGAGUUCAUGUCAACAGGUGAAACCAUGGUAUUGAAAUUCAAUCAUGAUGAAACCAUGGAAUAUAUUCCAAAACUGAACAAAAAUGUAUACAUACCGCUGUGGUCAUUAGACGGGAACAUUAACAUACAAGAAGGUUAUGUAGUCUACAACGACGCAUCACCCAUAGAGGGCCACUUCUCACUACAAAUAGAACAUAGUGAAGAAUAUAAAGGACAUAAAUCAAAUGUAGUCACACAUAUGGAAGCAAUAUUCCCAGAGCAAGCUAGUAAACUUAGAUAUUACGAUGUCAACGGCAAUAUAUCGAGAUUGUACCGCUUGGAGCACAGCGUAAUACCAACAUACAAGACCGUAGAAAUACAACCCAGAUACCCUAUACUAGGGUCAUGGAAAGUUGUAUUCACACUGGAUUAUAGAAUGCCACCGCAAAAAUCAAGGAACGCAAUACAAAAGGAUUGGAUAGGUUACCUAAUACACAACCCUGUGUUAUUAUCGCUAGGAUCACUAUUGCAAUGGAUUUUGAAAUACAUAAAAGGGGAUGUAGUAUACAUUGAAGUGCAUGUAUUCCCAGUGAUAUACUACAUGUUUAUACACGAUGCCGUUAUAACCAUCAGGCUGCCACUUGGAGCACAUUUACACAAAGCUGUGUCGUCAUAUCCGGCUAUAAUACAUAUAGAAGACAAUACCUGGAGGGUACUUGGCGUAGCAGUAAAGAUGACAGAAGUAAAAGUACAAUUAUACAGGCUCUAUACAGAUGAUGUCCAUAGAUAUACCAAGGAAACCAUACAAGUGGGAUACACAAUCGGCUUAUUCUGGGUUAUCAAGGUCAUGGCGUCACUAGUACUACACAUAGCAACUGGGUACUUAAUUUGUAUGACAUGGAAAUGGGUAUCCAGAGUCUAUUAUGACUAUUUCCAGGGAUACAACGAACUUAGUAGUGAUGUGUGUGGCAAGUGAUGUCGUUUUACAAAACAUAACCUGAGGUAC